AUGAGGAACUUGUCUUCAAUACAGUCACUAGUUACUAAUGUCGGUCAAUUUAAUGAGUACCUGGACAUCUAUUCUGCUCCAGAUUCGUUUCAAGCGCUUCAGUCGAGUAAAGUUCUUGUCAUUGGUGCUGGAGGUCUUGGCUGUGAAAUCCUCAAGAACCUAUCCAUGACGGGGUUUAGAGAUAUACAUAUCAUAGAUAUGGAUACUAUUGACUUGAGUAAUUUGAAUCGUCAGUUCUUAUUUCGUUAUGCAGAUAUCGGCAAAAGCAAGGCAGAGGUGGCUACAAAGUUUAUUCUUGAAAGGAUAGGCAAUCCUGAUUUGAAAAUAACACCGCAUUUUAAAAAGAUUCAGGAGAUGAAUCUUGACUUUUAUCGAAGCUUCCAGGUUAUUAUCAGUGGAUUGGAUUCAAUUGAAGCACGGAGAUGGAUUAAUUCUACGCUAUAUGGUUUAGCGGAGCAGGAAAAUAUAAUAAUCCCAUUAGUUGACGGGGGUACUGAAGGGUUUCGAGGGCAAAGCAGGGUAAUUAUACCGACGUUGACUUCAUGUUUUGAAUGUUCGUUGGACUUACUAAGUGCUCAAACAACUUACCCAGUGUGUACAAUUGCCAACACGCCACGACUACCCGAGCAUUGUAUAGAGUGGGCAAGCCAACUCGAAUGGAACAAGCAAUUUCCUGGACAGAAAUUUGACGCUGAUGAUCCUGAUCAAGUUGAGUGGAUGUACCAGACAGCGAAAACUCGAGCAGCCGAGUUUGGCAUUGAGGGGGUUACAAGGAGCUUGACGUUGGGGGUUGUCAAGAAUAUCAUCCCCGCCAUCGCAUCAACGAAUGCAAUAAUUGCUGCAAGUUGCUGUAAUGAAGUGUUUAAAAUCAUCACCAGUGUGAAUCCCAUUUUGGAUAACUACAUGAUGUAUUCAGGUGAUGACUCAAUAUUUACGUAUACAUAUUCAUACGCAAGGAAACAAAACUGUGCCGUUUGUGGAAAUGCAGCGAAAAAGAUUGCUGUGCAAAAGUGGUGGACUUUGCAACAGUUUAUUCAUGAAAUAAAGUCGAAACAGGAAAUACAAAUGACAAACCCAAGUUUGACCAGUGGCGACAAGUUUCUUUACAUGUCAAGCCCACCUGAGUUGGAAGAAGCCACCAAAGCAAACUUGAGCAAGAAGAUGAGGGGUUUGAUCAAUCCCGGUGAAGAGAUUGUCAUUACUGAUCCAAACUUGCCCAUCUCUCUUCGCGUAAUCGUACAUUUGGAAGGUGACGACGAUGAUCCUGAAUUUAGUCUACAGGCGUAA